AUGGUCCUCAGACUGUUGCAGUUGCUUCUGCUGGGCAUAUUAACAUUGGUCUUCACGAAAGAAGGGAUUCGAUUUUGCUAUGAAUGUAACUCCUUUGAUGGAUUCCAGUGCCGUGUUCCCAUGAAACACUGCUGGAAGUUUAAUAUAUUCUCAAAAAACAACAGGAGUUGUACCACAGAGCACUAUUACUAUUAUCAUCGAGUUACAGGGAGAUACUUUUAUCAUUAUACACGACUGUCUUGUAAAGUUUGUGAAGAGGGAAUGGUCCAAGUAUUCCAUGACUUACUGAAAGAGACGCAUUGCUGCACUGAUAAACCCUUGUGUAAUACCGGACAUGAUAUUGUGGAUAAGUCAUUACUGUAUGGAGAAGAUAAAUAUAACUCUAUUCAUGAUGAUAUCCCAGAAAAUUAA